AUGGACGGAAUGCAGCCUUACAACAACGGCACUCCGGGUGCCAACGGCGCAAACGGAGAUGGCUAUGGAACUCCCGUUGCUGCCGGUAUGGGUUAUCCGCCCAACGCCAACGAGCUCACUGGCCCUGGCAACUCCCCUGAUGGCAACAAGACAACCCUUUGGAUGGGAGAACUCGAGCCUUGGAUGGACGAGAACUUCAUCAAGGGUGUCUUUGCCACUGCCACCGGUGAGCAGGUCAAUGUGAAGGUCAUCCGUGACAAGAGCUCCGGCAAUGCUGGAUACUGCUUCGUUGAGUUCAACUCGACUGAUGCUGCCUCCAAGGCUCUUGCCCUCAACGGUACUCCGGUCCCUAACUCGGCCCGUAUGUUCAAGCUCAACUGGGCCUCUGGCGGCGGUAUCAACGAUCGCCGUGAUGACCGCGGUCCUGAGUUCUCCAUCUUCGUCGGCGACCUCGGCCCUGAGGUGAACGAAUUCGUCCUCGUCUCGCUGUUCCAGGCUCGCUUCCCCUCCUGCAAGUCUGCUAAGAUCAUGACCGAUGCUGUGACCGGACAGAGCCGUGGCUACGGCUUCGUUCGCUUCACGGACGAGCAGGACCAGCAGCGUGCUCUGGUCGAGAUGCAGGGCGUUUACUGCGGUAACCGACCUAUGCGCAUCUCCACCGCGACGCCCAAGAACCGUAACCACGGUCCCUACGGCGCUCAGCAGGGCCACCAGAUGCCUCCUGCCAUGCACCCUCACCAGCCCCAGGCUUUCUACGGUGUCCCCCCCGGUCCCCAGUUCAACCAGGGCUAUGGCGCUGCUCCCCAAUUCCAGCAGCAGCAGAUGAACCAGUUCACCGACCCCAACAACACUACGGUUUUUGUUGGUGGCCUUUCUGGCUACGUUACUGAGGAUGAGCUUCGUAGUUUCUUCCAGGGCUUCGGUGAGAUCACCUACGUCAAGAUUCCUCCUGGCAAGGGCUGCGGCUUUGUGCAAUUUGUCCACCGCCACGCCGCUGAGAUGGCCAUCAACCAGAUGCAAGGAUACCCCAUCGGUAACUCUCGCGUCCGUCUCAGCUGGGGCCGCUCGCAGAACAACUCGGGCGUCGGUACGCCUUACCGCCCUGCUCCCCCCCCUCCCCACUACUUCGGUCCUCCGGGCCCCGGUGGCCCUGGCUAUGGCCCUCCCUUCGGCGGCCCUCCUGGCCCUCAGGGUCCUCCUGGUCCUCCUCAGGGCCCUCCUGGCGGCGGUCCUCCUCAGCAGCCUGUUGGCGUCUCGGCGAAGCGGAGUUUGGGAUCUGGUCAAGGCAUUUGA